AGGCAGCAGGGGCGGUUGAGAAGUGAAGUCUUGGCCAGAGUUUACUUCUUGCCAGGAAAUCCGCGGUGGUGGCCCCGGCUGCGGCGUUUCCCGGCGGAGCGGAGGCCGGCUGGCUCCCCGCUCCCUCAGCGGGCCGCGGAGAGCGGACCUGGCGCUGGGCUGCGGCGCCGGGAGCCGGUGCGCGCCCCGGGCGGCCGCGCUUUCCCAAAAAACAAACCUUGAUUCUAGUCAAAUACAUCACUGCCCAUUAAAGGAAACCAUACCUGAAGUGGAAGUCUAACGUAUGAAGAUACAGAAACUGCUUUGGUUGAUUCAGAAUGGGAACCACAAGUGAUGAGAUGGUGUCUGUGGAGCAGACCUCCUCCUCCUCCUUCAAUCCUCUGUGUUUUGAAUGUGGCCAGCAGCACUGGACAAGAGAGAACCACUUAUACAAUUACCAGAAUGAAGUAGAUGACGACCUGGUCUGCCAUAUUUGCCUUCAGCCUCUGUUGCAGCCACUAGACACCCCCUGUGGACACACGUUCUGCUGCAAGUGCCUCAGAAACUUCUUACAGGAGAAGGAUUUUUGUCCAUUGGACCGGAAAAGACUCCACUUUAAGUUGUGUAAGAAGUCUAGUAUUCUAGUUCAUAAGCUUCUGGACAAAUUAUUAGUGUUAUGUCCAUUUUCUUCAGUGUGCCAAGAUGUCAUGCAACGCUGUGAUCUGGAGGCACAUCUUAAAAACAGAUGUCCUGGAGCUUCUCAUCGGAGACUUGCCCUGGAGAGGAGGAAAACUGGUAAAACUCAGACAGAGAUUGAGAAUGAAAACGGAACCCCUGUAAUAGAUCUACAAGGUACUUUAUCACUUGAAACGGACUGUUCGGGGACAGGCACGGCGCCUGCUGAGCGCAAUUUGACGUCGGCGUCUCUUCCUGCGUGGACUGAGGAGCCUGGCCUGGACAAUCCCGCCUUCGAGGAGAACGCAGCCACUGACACUACACAACAGCCAGUUAGUUUACCAGAAGGCGAAAUUACGACGAUUGAAAUUCACCGGUCUAAUCCUUAUAUUCAGUUAGGAAUUAGCAUUGUGGGCGGCAAUGAAACGCCACUGAUUAACAUUGUUAUCCAGGAAGUCUAUCGGGAUGGGGUAAUCGCCAGAGACGGAAGACUCCUUGCUGGAGAUCAGAUUCUUCAGGUCAACAACUGUAACAUCAGCAAUGUAUCUCACAACUAUGCCAGAGCCGCCCUCUCCCAGCCCUGCACCACGCUGCAUCUUACCGUGCUGCGAGAGAGGCGCUUUGGGAACCGGACGUACAGCCACUCUGAUGGGAGCUCUCCACGGGAAGAGGUCUUCCACGUGGUCCUUCACAAACGGGACUCUGGUGAACAGCUUGGCAUUAAACUCGUACGAAGGACCGAUGAGGCAGGCGUUUUUAUUCUUGACCUGUUGGAGGGGGGGCUGGCUGCACAGGAUGGAAGGCUGAGCAGCAAUGACCGAGUGCUCGCCAUCAAUGGACAUGACCUGAAGCACGGGACCCCUGAGCUUGCCGCCCAGAUCAUUCAGGCUAGUGGAGAGAGGGUGGAUUUAACAAUUGCUAGACCAGGGAAAUCCCAGCCUGGUAACCCUGUCCGAGACGCAGGAGCUCAGAGUAGCAGCCAGCAUCAUGCACAGCCGCUGUAUAACAACAGACCCAGCUCACAUAAGGAUCUUAGCCAGUGUGUUACAUGCCAAGAAAAACACAUUACGGUAAAGAAGGAACCACACGAGUCCCUGGGAAUGACAGUGGCUGGGGGCCGAGGAAGUAAGAGUGGUGAGCUGCCCAUCUUUGUGACCAGCGUGCCACCUCAUGGCUGCCUUGCACGUGACGGCCGCGUCAGGAGAGGUGAUAUACUGCUGAAUAUCAAUGGCAUUGAUUUGACCAAUUUAAGUCAUAGUGAGGCCGUUGCUAUGCUGAAAGCCAGUGCCGCAUCCCCCGCUGUUGUCCUGAAAGCACUUGAGGUCCAGAUUGUCGAGGAGGCAUCCCAGGCCACCGAAGAGCAGCCCAGCACCUUCAGUGAGAAUGAAUAUGACGCCAGCUGGUCCCCAUCAUGGGUCAUGUGGCUUGGGCUUCCAAGUGCCCUUCAUAGCUGCCAUGAUAUAGUUUUACGAAGAAGCUACUUGGGAAGUUGGGGCUUUAGUAUUGUUGGUGGAUAUGAAGAGAACCACACCAAUCAGCCUUUCUUCAUUAAAACCAUCGUCUUGGGGACUCCUGCUUAUUAUGAUGGAAGAUUAAAAUGUGGAGAUAUGAUUGUAGCCGUCAACGGCCUGUCAACGGUGGGCAUGAGCCACUCCGCACUAGUUCCCAUGUUGAAGGAGCAGAGGAACAAAGUCACUCUGACAGUUACCUGCUGGCCUGGAAGCCUGGUGUAGGAUUUGAAAUCGGUUGUGAGUCGAACAUCUUCCUUUUUUAGGCUUUGGAAAGAAACCCCUUUCGUUGGAUUGUGUUUCUGCUUAGGAGCUACAGACACAGCUGGUGUUUGCAGGGCCCAAAACCACUGAGAUUGUCCUUUUGUUAUUAGUAAAACGGCUUUCCUCCAGUUAGCCACGUUUCUUUUAGCUUGGUCUUCCACUAACCCUUGUAAGCUCGUAUUUUCAAAAUUCAGACUCUCCAUUGUCAGA